CAGUUGCCACAAUUUCUAUCAUAAACCCCCAAAAUAAUGCCAAAAAACUUAAAAAGAUUAAAAACACAAUAAUAUCUUAUUUUAUAACAAAACCUCAUUUCUAAUCUCCUUAUAAUCUCUUAAUAAUCAGACUAUUAGAUUAAAAAAUGAAAUUGAGGAGAUUAGGGUUUGGGUUAGUAGGAUUAUUAUUAUUAUUAUUAAAUGAGAUAAUUGUGGAAGGAGCUCCAGCUGGAUCAUCAAAAGAAGAAGAAGAAGCAUAUGUGACACUUUUAUAUGGUGAUGAAUUUGUACUUGGAGUUCGUGUGUUAGGCAAGUCUCUCCGUAACACUAAAACGACUCGAGUUAUGGUCGUUUUGGUCUCCGAUGGCGUUUCAAAUUACGCUAAGAACCUCCUUAAGGCUGAUGGCUGGAUUGUGACACCAAUCAGUCUAUUGAACAACCCUAAUCAAGUUCGACCGACAAGGUUUUGGGGUGUUUACACGAAGCUCAAAAUAUUUAACAUGACUGAUUACAAGAAAGUGGUGUACCUUGAUGCUGAUACAAUUGUGGUUAAGAACAUCGAUGAUUUAUUCAAAUGCGGAAAAUUUUGUGCCAACUUAAAGCAUUCAGAGAGGCUGAAUUCGGGUGUUAUGGUGGUUGAACCAUCUGAAGAGCUAUUCAAGGAUAUGGUUAGCAAAGUGACGACAAUGUAUUCUUAUACUGGAGGUGACCAGGGUUUUCUUAACUCCUAUUAUACUGGAUUUGAGAGUGCACGCGUGUUUGAUCCUAAAAUAUCUGCCGAAGUAGUGAACUCUAAACCAGUUCCAGAUAUGGAAAGACUUUCUACUCUUUAUAAUGCAGAUGUUGGACUUUACAUGCUUGCAAACAAGUGGAUGGUAGAUGCAAAAGAACUCCGUGUUAUUCAUUAUACACUUGGCCCUCUUAAACCAUGGGAUUGGUGGACUUCAUGGCUUGUGAAACCUGUGGACGUUUGGCAGGAUAUUAGAGAUCAACUAGAGGAAACUCUUCCAGGAACCGGAGGAGGCAGAAAUCCUCACGAUGAAUUUCUAGUCAGAUUUCUUUUCCUGCUACCAGUAUUCACUUUACUUUUCUGUUACUACCGGUCUUUUCUUCAGACCCGUUCUCUAUGUGAUCAUGCCCGACACAUAUACUACAAAUUUAGGUCAGGAGGUUCUCUUUCAUAUUCUGCAGUAUCUUCAUCUACCAUCAACUCUAGUCCACAGUUUUCAAAUGGUGCAUAUGCAAAGGUCCCUGCUUUUCUUGGUGGGGUCUCUAUUUUCUUCUGUUUCUUGUCUGCUGUGGUGGCCCUUGCACUUGGUGGUUCAGUCGUACCUCGUCAAGUAAAGCCAUGGACCGGGUUGCUCCUGGUAUAUGAGUGGACUUUCACAGCUUUCUUUCUACUUUUUGGAGGCUAUUUACAUCUAAUAUACAAAUGGGGGAAAAUGGUAGCAAGUCAAGGAGGAUCCUCUCGUCCUGGUUCUAUAGAUUAUGAUUCUGAAAAAGGUCAUCAGCGACAAGCGUCUUGUGAUGCAGCAACGUGGUAUUAUGGGCUAGGAAUGGCUGUUUUGGCUAUAGCUACCCCGGCAGUGCCUUGUAUCAUGGGGAUUACAGCUCUGUUUUCAAGGUUAGGCUUGAUGGUUGUGGGAGGUUUAAUAUUUUCAGCUUUCUUGACAUAUGCAUCCGAGCACCUAGCAAUUAGGUCAUUUGUACGAGGGCUUGAAGAUAGGGAUACAUCAAGAACAAGGAACUCGUGUUUCUUAUGCUAAUGGGAUUUUGAGUUUGAAGUUGUAAGUUAUAUACUGUUAUAGCAUCCUCAUUUGUAAUUUUAGUGUCACAUAUGCUUGUAUCUUGUCAAGUACGUUGUCAGUUCAGGAAUUUUGGUAAUAUAUAAAUUUGUGGUUUUUGACCA